UGACGGAAAUGUGACACUUUGUCACAGAGCUGAGUCUGUGUCUGUUUGUCCGUGCGCACCUUGUGCCAAAUGCUGCUGUGUUUGGAGAGCAGCCGCGGCUCGUGCGUCUUUUCUUCCACUGCGCACCCAUGAACUUUACGCACCUCCACCACGCGCCGCCGCCACCGCCGCCGCUGCUGCUGCUGCUUCCUCCUGCUGCUCCUCGCGGACCAUGAAGACCUCUCGCAGAUGUAGGACCCUUCUGUCGGUGAGCCUCAACUUCUUCGCCCUGUUUUUCUCCAUCACCGCCUUCAUCACCACCUACUGGUGCGUGGGCACGCAGAGAGUCCCCAAGCCCAAGUGCAGCAAACUGCGGACACACCACUGUAUAGACUACGGGGUGAACGAGACGGACCCGAACAAAGUGGUUUACAGCUGGGAGACCGGGGACGACCGGUUCCUGUUCCGCCAGUUCCACACCGGCAUCUGGUUCUCCUGCGAGGAGAACAUCGACGAUGAAAGUGAGCGAUGCCGCAGUUUCAUCGAUUUGGCCCCGGCAUCAGAGAAAGGGAUGCUGUGGCUCUCUCUGGUUUCUGAGAUGUUGUACAUCGUUCUGCUGGUGGUCGGCUUCAGCCUCAUGUGUCUAGAGCUGGUUCACUCCAGCAACGUCAUCGACGGACUCAAGCUCAAUGCCUUCGCUGCCGUCUUCACUGUGCUUUCAGGUCUUCUCGGCAUGGUGGCUCAUGUGAUGUACACACAGGUCUUUCAGGUCACCGUCAGUCUUGGUCCACCCGACUGGAGGCCCUACAACUGGGACUACGGCUGGUCCUUCUGCAUGGCCUGGGCGUCUUUCACGUGUUGUAUGGGCGCGUCCGUCACCACCCUCAACUCCUACACGAAGACCGUCAUCGAGUUCAGGCACAAGCGCAAGACCUUUGAGCAAAGCAUCCGGGAGGAGCACGCAAGGGAAGCCUUCGGAUAUUUCCGAGAACGCUCGGUGCACUCCGUGUCUAAAUCUGUGGAGGUUUAUCCGAGUCAGACAAUGAAGAGUGGCAGGAAAACUCCCAUACCCGCUGACUCACUGGACCUGAGUGACAUUGCGGGAUCCUUAGGGGAAGAACAGUGCUGAGUGAGACCGGGGCAGCAUGUGGUGGCGUUUGAUUCAAGUGUGGAAGCUUGAUGGAUGGAUAGAUGGAUGGAGGUGUUGUUGUCGUUCCUCUAUACACGGGAAGUUUGCCUCAUGGGAUCAUAAGCUCCAUCUGAAACAUUUCUUCCCUGCCUUAAUUUGAAUAAAUCGCAGAGAUUGAUGUCAGUCAAGGUUAAAGUUGGAAGAAGGGACAUGAUCUGUUCUUUAUGGUGUGUUUUCUUCUGUUUGUGUUAGCUACCACAGUGUAAAAUCAUUUUGAGGGUCUUAUUAGCCUUACUAAAUGUGUUACAGUUGAUCAAUAAUUGAAUCCGGAUGAGUUUUCUAACGACAUUUCAGCUGCCGGUCAUUAAAUGUGAAAUAGAGCACAAAUACUUACAGUAAAUGACGUGCCAAGAUACAGUAUCUACAGCAAAGGCUGCAAGUAUUUAGACCGUUACAGUUUCAUUCAAAUAGUGAACAGUGAACCUCACCUUUAAUCUGAGUAAAUGUAUGUAAUUUAAUAUCAAGUAAGAGUGUGGGAGACGUCCAAAACCCAGGGAUCAAAGGUGAUUGGAAACUUUCCAUCCAAAUGUUUCUUCUUGUGGAGCCAAAAAGCUGUUCAUCACUGAAUGAUGAAUGAGUCACCUGACUUUUAUUUGAUGGAGUGGAUUUUAAAUUGCUGCAGACCAAUUGGCAUCAGCUGAAGAAGGCUAGAGAUGAUUUUUUAUUUUUAUUUUUUUGACAUUUAGGCUCUAAUGCACUUUAAAGGCUUAAUCUCCAACUACAUCCAUCAAUGAACAGUAAGAUGUCAGUGUCCUGAUACUUCUGGCCUUGACUGUAAAGUGUAAAUAGGCUGUGGUGUGUUAUUUUAGUCUUCGAUGUUCACAUCAAUUUCUUUAUGAGCACUGUAACAAAGGCCAUGAUGUUCCUGCUUUGAUCAGAGGAAAAUAAAUACUCAAUGCCAUCAAAGUUACUUAAUAUAUUUAGCAAAAAAGGGAUUUUUCAUACAACAGAAGAAAUGGUGACCAAUAAUAAAGUUUGAGAAUACAAUCACUGCGUGUUCAACGUAAAAUCUGAUCUUUGUUGUUGCAUUAAUGACCCACUAGAGGACAGCGUUGUACACUCACUCACUCCUACAGUCAGUUAACCUCUGCAUGUUUUUGGACUGAAAGGUCCUUAUCCAGACCUGGGUCUUUUUGCUGCAAGGCAACAGGUCUAUCCACUGUUCCACCAGUUGUCCACAUGGUGGUGUCUGUACAGUUUUGCAUUUUUGUUAUUUCUGGUGUGCUGUGAUGUCAGUAUUAUAGAAUAAUAUUAAUUAUUACAAUGCAAUAUGUGAUGAUACUGAUGAAUAAACUUUUAUUUUGUACCAGG